UUUUCAUCCCUCUGCAGGCGCUGGCCCUGAUCUAGAACAGGGAGCUGAAGCUCUUGAGAGGUGCGAUGUGGACAAGUUAUUGAACCUGCCUGAUCCGGCUGUUCACUCCGCCAGGCGCGGCAGCCGCCAAGCCCUCCGAUGAGUCCACCUGCCAGGUUCCAGACGCGAGCUGCCACUGCUGCCGCAUGGAUGUUUGGCCGCCGCGAGCCACCUCCAGCGAUGUUGUUUGAGCAGGAGGCGGACUUGGAGAAGCAAAAAGAGCUCCUGGUCUCAGAGAUGAAGGAGCAAUUGCAACACACCUGCGGCGAGCCACUGCAGGUGCGGAAGUUGAUCUUCCGAGACUUGCAGAGGCAGUUGCAUCCGGACAAGAACACUCACUGUGAGGAGGCUGCCAAGCAUGCCUUCCAAAAGCUAAUGGAGGAACGCAAGAGCUACUUGAAGCCAUGACGAAGCUGAAAGAUCCUUAAAGCACUUGGAUGGACCUGGUGGAAUUAACUGCAGUGAGGCUGAGGCUCAUCGAUUUUAAAAACCACUGGGCAAGGGCUGCCAAUGGAUCUGUAUACAGCCAAUGGAGGUGGAAUAGAUCCUCAACAGGAGCCCAAGAACUUGGAUGAGCUUCUCACGAGACAUGCAGCUACAACAAUCUGGAUUUGACCUGUGUGGAUCAUAGCUUC